GUGAACGCAGGCAACAACAAUAACACACACAGCACGCAAUUCGUUUGGAACAGCGUCUGUUGCGUGACUGACGAGGAGAAUUAGACACGCACACACACACACACAGAGCAGAGUGUGUCGAGUCAGAAGGAAGUGAGCUGUGCGUUUAUAGAAUAAAACUAUUUCUUUAUUUCCUGAGUAAAGAAGCGUGUCGGUGGAGCUGGAGGUGUGUUUAUGUGUGUGUGUGUGUGUGUUUGUGUGCCGCCGCCAUGUUCUCGAGGCGCUCAAACCCACGCGGGCCACAUAAGAGCAGUUUGACCGACUUUACACAUCGCGUGCGAACCAACAGGUUCUCGUGACAGCGGGACAGAUGCUUCUCAGGCGAACGCUGCUUCACUGCAGGAAGUGAGCGGAGCGGCGCAUGCUCCUCUGCGGCCCCCGACCAGAGCAGAAUGAGGAGUCCGCUGCGGUGAGAACGCUCUGUGGGGAGGGGUGAUGGCGGGUGCUGAGGUCACUGUGUCUUCAGGGGAACUCAUGACGGUGAAGAAGGAGGAGGGGGAGUCCAGUGGCAACGACCAUAAGACUCAAGUCAUCCUGCACCUGCAGCCCAUCCUGCACGGGGUCAAUGAUGACAUUGCUGACACUGGCACUACAGUCUUGGCCAUAGAGACACAUCAUGAUGACAGUCAAGAAGAAGGAGAGGAAAUUGAGUAUGGCUACCCCAUCACCUGCGGUGACAGCAGAGCGGUUCUAUUGUUCAAGAAGUUCGUGUGUCCAGGAAUCAAUGUCAGAUGUGUCAAAUUCAAUGACCAGCUCAUCAGUCCUAAGCAGUUUGUACACCUGGCAGGGAAGGCCACCCUGAAGGACUGGAAGAGGGCCAUCAGACUUGGAGGGGUGAUGCUGAGGAAAAUGAUGGACUCUGGCCAGAUAGAUUUCUACCAGCAUGAAACCGUGUGCAGCAACACCUGCCGCAGCACUAAGUUCGAUGUGCUGAUCAACAGCACGAGGCCUCCUCCGGGGACCUUGGUGCAGCCGAACCCGUCAAGUCUGGCUCUUGACCCUCCUGGAGGACAGGUGCCUCCACUGACAGAGAUUGUGCAUGAUGCAGCAGAGGUAGAGGAAACUUUGGGGGAUAGAUUUGCAGCAGCAGAGCGGAGCCCUGGUCGAGCUCGGCCUGUAGACCCUGCAACCGCCAAUGGACAUGCAGCCAAGAGAAAGAGGGCUGACACACCAGAUGGAGUGUUGAGCCUGUGGAAGGGUGUGGCAGACUCAGGGCUGAUGGGGGAGGUUCUAUCCAGUCUCCAGACUGAAUUAUUAGCGACUCUUAAAGGAGUGGAGGUUCGCAGUGAGAGGGCCAACCUGCAGGAGACAGAUGCUGUCGUACUUAAUUCCUUGUGUGAGAUGUUUGGGCUUUUAGACUCAGUGAAGCAGGCUCUGGACCUGAGGCGCAGCCACGGGGAGGAGAGCAAAAUCCACCACAGUGUGUUGGAUGGAAUUCUGGAGGAACAGAGGAGGCAGGGAUGUGAUAAAAGCACAUCCUUGAAAGUCGUCCGACGUCAGCGCCACAGCAACUGCCAAACCCAGAAUGUCCUGUCUCCUGUGAAAACAGUGAUCCAGCCUCUCUCUGUUCUGGGUUUAUCUGCUGAAUCCUCUGCUCACCUCUUCACACACUUCUCCGCCUCCACUGGUCUGCACCCCCCCACCAAAACUAACAGGAUGGACAGAGACAAGAACCAUGAGCUUGGUGAGACAGGGAGCCAGGAAAAGGUUCACCAGCGGGGACAAGAGGGCACGGAGAAACAGGACAUCUCAGGGAUCUGCAGAGAGCCUGGACUAAGGACUGGAAUGUCUCGAGAAGACCUUCACCUUAGAAGUCAAGAGGAAGAGGAAGAGGAGAUUGAGCGUUGGCACGAGAUCAAAAAGGUGAUUAUCGGAAGAAAGUCCUCAAAGAAACAUAAAAGUAAGUGAGCAAGAGGGAGAUGAUCCCAAAAGAAAUCUAGAGAACUGAGGGAGGAGGGAACAUGAUGGAGACCAGAAGAUGUAAAGGAUAAAAGAUAGAAAACAAUGUUACUUUGUAUACAGUGUUGUUUUUUCUCUUCAUGAGUACACUCUCGUUACUUUAGGUGAGUUGUGGUUACUUCAGUGAGGUUGCAGGCAGAGAUCUGUUAAUGCAUCAAGUUUUUAAAUGGCACAUUUUAGGAGACCAGUCUGCUUUUCUAACAUUUCAACAAAUGUGUUGAGGUGAAAUGAUUAUUUGAUUCAUUGACUAGAGUAACACUGUAAUUUAAGCUAAAAGAAAAAAGAAAAAAAGAACUGUUUGCAGCUCUAAAUGCAGUGUUUUGCAAUAUGUCACUUUAUAUGUCGAAAAUUGCAAAUAUUUUUUUAUGACUUUUGAUUUCUUUUUUACCACAAACAGUUAAUCAAUUUAUAAUGAAAAUGUAUAGUCAUAAUAAUUGUUUGCAGCCAUCCUCUGUAGUCUAAUAGAUUGGAAAACAAGGGUUUUUGUGACAGAGAUCAAUGUGAUUUUAUUUAAAUUUCAGUCCAAUGAUUUUAAAAACUGUAAAUAUAAUAUUUGAUUAUACCUUUGGUUAAUGGUGAUACAAAUAUUCCCCUUAUUUAAAAGUGCUCGGCAAAUCUUUCAGGUAGCUGUGACAAACACAUUUAUAACUACAAGUACAAUUUGUAAAUUAAUAUUCAGUGCUUACUUCACUUGUGAAUUUUUUAAUAAUUUUGAUUAUGAGAAAUAUUUCACGCCCUGGCUUGUAUUUAAAACCUGCCUAACAUCUAUGCACCACUGCCUGAAGAAUGAGUCAUUCUUAAUCUAAGACGGUGAAGACUUUACAGUAGAUUAGAUAAGUAAUGUGACUGUUGGUGUGUGCUGUUGCUUUAUCCAGGGUACUGUGUACUAACCUGCCAGAAAUACAGAGUCAUAUUAUAUAACCUCUACUCACUUUACUAAAUAAAAAAACUUACAAAGGAGAAAAAUAUAUGAAACUGUGACCUUGUAAAAAUAAUGAGCACAUUUUAAUUAAAAAACAUCUACA